AUGUCGAAAGUUGUAGCAAAGGGUAUGAAAAAAAUUUCCGAAAAAAUUAAUCACCCACCAUUUUUAUCCGUAACGAUUCCGGCCGGACUGGCUUCACCAGCCCCACCAUUAGGGACCCAGCUUGGACAAAGAAAUAUUCAAAUUGCCAAUUUUUGUAAAGAUUUCAAUGAAAAAACCAAAAACAUUAAAGAAGGAACACCACUGCCAACUAGGAUAACAAUAAAUUCUGACAGAUCUUACAAUUUGGUCAUUCACAAUCCUCCAGUUUCUUAUUUCUUGAAACUGGCAGCAGGCAUUGACAGGGGAGCCAUGAAAACAGGACGUGAAGUGUCAGGUUUCGUAAGCCUGAAGCACAUCUAUGAAAUCGCUGCCAUCAAAUCAGCAGACCCAUGUUGGAAACAUGUACCAUUAAACGAAAUUUGUCAGUCAAUUAUAGGAACGGCCCAUUCAUGUGGCAUUGAAGUCGUUGAGGAACUUGAUGAAAAUUUUUAUGCCCAAUUCCUCAAAGAAAGGCGAGAAAUUGUUGAAAAACAAAAACUUGAACUUCAAGAACUUAAAGCUGCCAAAUUGUUACGCGUUGCUGUUUAG